AUGAUGGGCAUGGAGUAUUCUUGGAAGUUUCUCAAAAGUGUUUGCAUAUUUUCACUUCUCCUUGGCUCUUGUUCUGCCUACGACCAAAGCCUUGUUGAUGCUCGAGAAGACGCCGAAAAACAUAGUGUGACACUGCAUGUAGAUGCUUCUAACGCCACAGGACGACCCAUUCCUGAAACCCUUUUCGGGAUCUUCUUUGAGGAAAUCAAUCAUGCGGGAGCAGGUGGACUGUGGGCUGAACUUGUUAGCAACAGAGGUUUUGAAGCUGGAGGACAAAACAUUCCUUCAAAUAUCUGGCCUUGGUCUGUUAUUGGAGAUGAAUCAUCCAUUUAUGUCGUUACAGACCGUUCUUCAUGUUUUGAGCGCAACAAAAUUUCACUUAGAAUGGAAGUGCUUUGUCACAGCAAUGCUUGUCCAUCACAAGGAGUCGGUGUUUAUAACCCCGGUUACUGGGGCAUGGUUGCAUUCAUUUCCCAUAUACUCUCAAAUGCAAAUUAUGCGUUUUCUUCUAUUAAUGGUGAAAUGCGUUUUCAGAACAUUGAAUCAGGGAAGAAAUACAAAGUGGCCCUUUAUAUGCGUUCCACUGGGGAUAUUGAUGUGUCUGUGUCAUUCACUAGCUCGGAUGGAUUACUGACUCUUGCUUCAGAAAAGAUCAUAGCUUUGGCUUCUGAUGUUUCAAACUGGACUAAGAAGGAAUUGCUUUUGGAGGCAAAUGGAACAGAUCACGGUGCAAGACUUCAACUGACAACUACCAAAAAGGGUUCAGUUUGGUUUGAUCAAGUCUCAGCCAUGCCUGUGGAUACUUACAAGGGACAUGGUUUCAGAAACGAUCUUCUCAAAAUGAUGGUCGAUCUAAAACCCCGUUUCAUCCGUUUCCCGGGUGGUUGUUUUGUGGAAGGUGUAUGGUUGCGCAAUGCAUUCCGCUGGAAAGAAACAGUGGGAGCUUGGGAAGAGAGACCUGGCCAUUUUGGUGAUGUUUGGGACUACUGGACUGAUGAUGGCCUUGGUCACUUUGAGUUCUUUCAAUUGGCUGAAGAUAUCGGUGCUGCCCCAAUAUGGGUGGUUAAUAAUGGAAUCAGUCACAAUGAACAAGUUGAAACAGCAAGUGUCAUGCCCUUUGUUCAAGAAGCGCUCGAAGGUAUUGAGUUUGCUCGUGGUGAUUCUAAUUCCACAUGGGGAUCGGUACGAGCUGCAAUGGGACAUCCAGAGCCUUUUGAACUGAAAUAUGUUGCUGUCGGAAAUGAAGAUUGUAACUUCAAAAACUACAGAGGAAACUACCUUAAGUUCUAUAAUGCUAUAAAAAAUGCAUAUCCAGAUAUCAAAAUCAUCUCCAACUGCGAUGGAUCGUCUCAGCCGCUCGAUCACCCUGCAGAUUACUAUGAUUAUCACAUUUACACUCUUGCCAUGGACUUGUUUUCCAUGUCCCAUAAAUUUGACAAUGCAUCGCGCAACGGUCCAAAGGCUUUUGUUAGUGAAUACGCUGUAAACAAAACAGAUGCUAAUAGUGGAAGCCUUCUAGCCGCUCUUGGGGAAGCAGGGUUCCUCCUUGGUUUGGAAAAGAACAGUGACAUUGUAAGAAUGGCAAGUUAUGCACCUCUGUUCGUCAACACAAACAACAGAAGGUGGAUUCCGGAUGCAAUAGUUUUCAAUGCGUCUCAUUUGUAUGGAACUCCUAGCUAUUGGGUGCAACACUUCUUCACAGAGUCGAGUGGAGCAACUCUUCUCAACUCUACACUCAAUGGAAUCACUUCUCACCUUGAAGCAUCUGCCAUAUCCUUCCAAACCAAUGGCUCAGAUUACAUACAGAUUAAGGCUGUAAACUUUGGGAACAAAUCAGUGAGUCUCAAGGUAUCGGUGACCGGAUUGGACACAAAACUUUCUGGAUCAAAGAAGACAGUACUUACAUCUGCCAGUGUGAUGGAUGAGAAUUCCUUCUCCAACCCUGAUAUGAUUGUGCCGCAAGAAAGCUGGCUGGAGAAGCCUGAGGAGUUGGACCUGACGGUUGUUCUCCCGCCCUACUCAUUCUCGUCCUUUGAUUUGUCGAAAGAAUCUGCCAAUAUGAAGACGCUAAUCUCUGACUCCUACCCGAAAAUAGACUAA